GCAGAUUGUUGAGAGCAGGGUUUAGAGGUAAGAGGCAGAUCAGAGGGCUCUUUCUGAACAGAGCUGCUGGCUGUGAGGAGGUUUUUCUCUGGUUUCUGUACUCUAACAAACUAUGGACUAGCCCUUCUUUCUCUUUUCACAGUUUGGAGCCAUAUUUUAAGAUGAGUGACCAGGACAGCAGCACCUCUGCCUCGCAGACGGAGGGAGAAGUGGAUGAAGGGCUGGAUGGAGAGAUGGAGGGCAAAGAGGAGAAACUGAGGAGCAGCCCAGUCCCCAGUCUCUCCAGCUUCUCCUCCUCUCUGCGUGCCGUCAUACGCAUCAAACAGAAGUACCAGGCCAUAAAGAAGCGGCGGCAGGAAAUGGCCCUGGCCCUGGGAGGAGCAGGGGCCCUCACUGGAGCCCCGUCACGCACCAGCCCCAAAAUCUUCACCUUCGAUCGACUCAACCCCAACUUAAUCCCCAGCUUGUUGUCCUCUGUCCCUCAGAAGAAGAAGAGGAGGAGGAGGAAGAGGGUGUUGUUUCCCAACAGAGGGGGCCGUAGGGUCCCGCCGAGGCAGGAGCACAGCUUAGCCAAGUACUGCUUGUACCUUCUGUUUGGAAUCGUCUUUGUCCAGGUGUACAACGCCAUAGAGAACCUAGACGACCAUGUUCUCCGAUACGACCUGGAGGGGCUUGAGAAGACGCUAAGGAGGGAGGUGUUUGGGCAGCAGGGGGCGGUGGAGGGUCUGCUGUACCACCUGAAGGACUACCUGUCCACUUAUGUUCACAACAAGCCCCUGGUUGUGUCCCUGCACGGCCCCAGUGGCGUAGGCAAGAGCCACCUGGGACGCCUGCUGGCUGGACACUUUCGCUCGGUGGUGGGCGAGGCGCUGGUGCUGCAGUACUACGUCCUCCAUCACUGCCCUCAGGAGGCUGACGCCCUGCAGUGUGGCCGCAACCUCACCAACCUCAUCUCUGCAAUGGUGGAACGAGCCGAGGAGGAGGAGAAGAUCCCGCUCUUCAUCUUUGACGAGGUCGAGCACAUGCACAGCGACAUCCUGGACGCACUGUGGCAGCUGGUCACCUCAAAGCGAUCCAACGAGUACCUGAACGCCAUCUACCUGUUCCUGAGCAAUCUGGGACACGCACACAUCACCAAGCACGUGCUGCACAACUCCUCGAGUAUCUCCAUGGUGAUGACAGCAUCUGGUCGCCAUAGCAACCUAGUAAAAGAGCUGACUCCGAUUUUACGCGGCACUCUGGAGAAGCUUCACCCGCUGUGGGCAGAGGUAGACAUCUUAGCUCUGGGUCUUCUGGAGAAAGGUCACGUGAUGGAGUGCUUCCUGGACGAGAUGACCCGGGAGGGGUUCUACCCGGAUCAUACCAACAUCGAGCGCCUCGCGGGUGAGAUCGAAUAUUACCCUGCAGUAGGGGGACGUGAAUAUUCCCAAACAGGCUGCAAGCAGGUUGUGGCAAAGGUGAACCUGCUCUGAAUUGUUUUGGAAACUUGUUUUAACCAUAAAGAAAACAUGCAUUUGAAGGGACGGAGAUGACGAAACUUGAAUGACACAACUCAAAGCCGAACUUUUUGUCAGAGUGGAAAAAAAGAAGUAGUUCAUUCAAUCCAGACUAGACAUUGUUCAUGUGGUAAAUGACUAUUUUGGCGGAAAACGGCUGGUUUUUAAUGGAAUAUCUCUAUAGGGGUACAGAGGAACAUUUCCAGCAACCAUCACUCCUGUGUUCUAAUGCUACAUUGUGUUAGCUAAUGGUGUUGAAAGGAUAAUUGAUGAUUAGAAAACCCUUGUGCAAUUAUGUUAGCACAUCAAUAAAAGUGUGAAUUUUCAUGGAAAACAUGAAAUUGCCUGGGUGAUCCCAAACUUUUGAACGGUAGUGUAGGUUAUGGCCCCCCGUGUGUCGGUCCAAGCCAGGGAUGUGACUUCAGUUGUAGAUUUUUUGAGGUGGGACAAUGUAGGGGAUACAUUAACUUCAGUAUUUAGAACACCGUUUCUACCCUUAAUAAAACAAAGGACUUCUACAGGA